CCGCUGCUGGUGCUGCUGCUGCUGCUGCUGCCGCCGCCGCCGGCCGCCCCCGGGACGUGGGGGCAGCCGCCCUCCCCGGCCCGCCGCGCGCCGAGCGGGGCGCCCCGCGCAGGAGCCGGGCUGGCGCGGCCGCCGGAGCCCGAGCCCGGCCCCGAGCGCGAGCCGACGCCGCCCACGCCGCCCCAGGAGCGCCGCGGGCCCGCGCCCCCCGACCCCAGCCGCACGGCCCUCGCGCCGGCCGCCGCCACACGCCGGGGAGCCUCGCACCGGGCCCCCCACGGCGGGAGCGCGGCUGCUCUAAGGAACCACUGGCCAGAAAGUAGCACUGAACCCCACAUAGAAAAUGUCACCGUUGAUCAGAACCAAACGGACUUUUCAACAGUGGUCUCCAAGGAGGGUGGGAUGACUCAGACCGCCAGAAAGAGCCACACGUCUUCAGAUGCUCCAGAAGACUUCAUUCCACAAACUGAAGCGGCAGAUGCUGCAGGAAGAAAUGACUCUUCCGGGAAAACAAAUUUCACCAUUUCCCCUGUUGGGCCUGACACAGCCACAGCUCUGACUUCCCAGAGCCUCACUAUAGCGUUGGGAACUCUUCACUCACCAUCCAGUUCGGGGUCAGAAGGCAGAACUGCCCCUUCGCACGCUGACAGCGGAACAUCCCAAGGGUUCCUGGCAAGAGGAAAGGGGCUCCCAGAAGAAGUGACCAUGCACGCCCAAGCGACUGCCACUUGGGGUUUCGGCCAAUCCCCUCUUCCUACUUUGGAGAUGGAAGAGGAGACCACAGUCUCCAGGAAGAGAAAUUCCUCAGGACCAGUGCUCUCCUGGACACAUUUCUCCAGGACACCGGCUCACUCCCCUCCCUCAGACCACCCCAGAUCUUCUGGAAGCACGGAGAUGCUUAACAACUCCACUACGCUCCGAAGGGCUUUGGUGAAUGGGACAGAGGGUGUGCAUGUUACCACCAUGCUCCCCAGUGGUGUCCCAAGGAUGCUUCAGUCUUUAACCGGCAGUCCGCCACCUCUGAAUGAGACAGAGCAUUCCCCCGAGGACUCAGAAAUUGCCACGACUUCAGUAUCAGCCCGUUCUUCACCCUUUGAGGCAGAGUUGAGAAGAAACAGUGGAGUAAUCAGGAAUGCAGGGGAUGGGGAAUUCAUUGAGCCAUCCACAGAAGAUGGAUUUGUCCUCACAUCUUCUGGGGUCUCAGUGGGAUUCUGGCAAAAUGACUCCCCAACCUUGGGAGGAGACCAGCUUGCGAGCAGCUCGGACACACAGAAUGGAAGCCCCAUGUCUCAGACUGAGACCGUGUCUAGGUUGGUCCCGUCGGGCAGAAGUGGAGACAGCACAGCACGCUGGUUCUUGACCAACAGCAGGACAGUCACAGAUGUGACAGGAAGCUCCACUUCCUAUCCUGAAGUUGUGAAUGCCUCGGUGUUGACCCAGUUCUCAGCCUCUGCAUCCCAGUCUAGAGGAAGUGACACAACCCUGGGUGAUAGGAGCUACUCUGAGCCAGCCACCGAGUCUUUGUCCUCAUCCUCCUCAGAAAGUCUGGAUUUCUCAGCACCACGUGAUGAACGCUCAACCACCGAAGAUGGUCCUGAGCCUGGAGGCAGUUCUGUCUCGGAGGAGGGGACUUCCGAGGCCCCCCACCCGCACACUGCAGCUACUUUCCCCGGGACCGCAGAGCGCACGCUGCGGUCUCUCACCAACGCAAGCACAACUUCUGCAGAAGUGGGGCAUUCUGUGGUAGCCGGAGAAACCGAGAGUGCCACCCAGCAGGGGAACGUGACUGUGACUGGUGACACCCACCUGGUCUCAGGUUCCCUGGCUGCCUCACCAGCCCUGGGAGUCACUGGAAUUAGCUACGAUCAAGUGCGUGGCACGGACUUUGAACAGAAGGUUUCCAGCGACUACACAGACCAUACCUACGUCUCCUCUACUUUCACCAAAGGAGAACGGGCAUUGCUGUCCAUUGUAGACAACAGUUCAUCCCCGGACAUAAGGGAGAGUUCCACCUCUUCUGCUAAGAUCUCAAACUCUUCACAUGCAGACUAUUCUUCCUCUUCUCAGGUUCAGACUGAAAGAAGCAAUGUGUCAUCCUACGAGGGGGGGUAUGGCCAGCCUUCCACUGAGUCUCUGUCUCUGAGCACGGCCAACCUUCCAUCCUACACACCCACCGUUAACGUGCCAAACACGGUUCUUCUGGACACUGAUGCUAGAUCGAUUGGCAAUUCUUCUUCUUCUUCUCCGGGGCCCCCUUUGCCCCUGCCCUCAGUCUCCCAGUCCCACCAGUCCUUCUCUUCAAUCUUACCAUCAACCGGAGCCUCUACUCUUCUGGUGCCGUCCACUCCCCAUGCGCCCACACCUGUGUCUUCCUCACCAGCGUCCCUGACAGCGUCUACCCCGGCCUCACCGUCCACCUCCCAAGCAGCCCCACCACCUUCACCUUCUACCUGGGUCCUGCCUGUGACUCCAGUUCAGACGGCGACAGUGGCAUUGUCUGUGGCAGUGCUCCCUGGUAGUCAAACAGCAGAUCCCAAGAACCAGAGUAACCCAUACCAUGAGGAAGUUAUUACAGAGUCAAAGUCGCUGAGCCUGGAGUCCCUGCCUGCAGAGGCCACCGGAGCUGGAACAGUGAGGUCUACAUCAGGGAUUCCUAUGCCCUCGGCCUUAACAGGGUCCUCCACCGAGCACACCCUUCCACCCACGAGCACUGGCAUAACCCGAACAUCUCCAGGUUUCACAACCACCAUUCCUGAGACCUCUCAUCCCCCCACCCCUGCGUCAACCACAGCAGCCCUGAUGGCCGACCCCACAACAGCCCAUACUACUGCUGGAAAACAGCUCUUGCCAACCAGCCCUGAAAUUCCAGCACCGCAAAUUUCAACAGAAAGUGCUGUCACCACAGAAAGGAGCCAAGCCCGUGUAGACGCUACCACCUGGUUGGUGCCCCUGACCAGUGUACCCACAUCAGCAAAAGGACUGACCACGGGGCUCAGUGUGACCGAAGAGUACAGCCCGGCUUCACACUUCCUCAGAACAUCUCCUUCUCCCCAGACCACAGGCGUUUCCACGGCCAAAGUGUUGACUCCUAGACCUACGACCUUUGCUGCUCGGGGCAGCACGCGACCACCGACAGCACCGUCAUCGGCAGCUCCAGUUAACAGCUGCGCCCCUAACCCUUGUCUUCAUGAUGGGAAAUGCUCCGUGGACUCCAGCAGCCGUGGGUAUCGAUGCGUGUGCUCACCUUCCUGGCAAGGGGAUGACUGCAGUGUGGACGUGAACGAAUGCCUCUUGAACCUCUGCCCACCCCUGGCCACGUGCAACAAUACUCAGGGAUCCUAUGCCUGCAAAUGCCCGGUUGGGUACCAGUUGGAAAAAGGAAUAUGCAAUUUGGUUAGGACCUUCGUGACAGAGUUUAAAUUAAAGAAAACAUUUCUCAAUACCACCAUGGAGAAACAUUCAGACCUACGUGAAGUUGAAAAUGAGAUCACCAGAACAUUAAAUGUGUGUUUUUCAACGUUUCCUGGUUAUACCCGAUCCACAGUUCAUGCUUCUAGGGAGUCCAAUGCGGUGGUCAUGUCCCUGCAAACGACCUUCUCCUUGGCCUCCAAUGUGACGCUGUUUGACCUGGCUGACGGGAUGCAGAAAUGUGUCAACUCCUGUAGGUCCUCUGCUGAGGUCUGCCAGCUCUUGGGAUCUCAGAGGCGGAUCUUCAGAGCGGGCAGCUUGUGCAAGCGGAAGACUCCAGAAUGUGACAAAGAGACCUCCAUCUGCACUGACCUGGACGGUGUCGCCCUGUGCCAGUGCAAGUCGGGCUACUUCCAGUUCAACAAGAUGGAUCACUCCUGCCGAGCAUGUGAAGACGGAUAUAGGCUUGAAAAUGAAACCUGUAUGAGUUGCCCAUUUGGACUCGGUGGUCUCAACUGUGGAAACCCCUAUCAGCUGAUCACCGUGGUGAUUGCAGCAGCAGGAGGCGGGCUUCUCCUUAUUCUAGGCAUUGCGCUGAUUGUUACCUGCUGCCGAAAGAGUAAAAAUGACAUAAGCAAACUCAUCUUCAAAAGUGGAGAUUUUCAAAUGUCCCCCUAUGCUGAGUACCCCAAGAACCCUCGCUCACAAGACUGGGGCCGAGAAGCUAUCGAGAUGCAUGAGAAUGGAAGCACCAAAAACCUCCUCCAGAUGACGGAUGUGUAUUACUCGCCCACAAGUGUAAGGAAUCCUGAACUUGAACGAAAUGGACUCUACCCGGCCUACACUGGACUGCCGGGAUCACGGCACUCAUGCAUCUUCCCUGGACAGUAUAACCCAUCUUUCAUCAGUGAUGAGAGCAGGAGAAGAGACUAUUUCUAAGUGCGGAAGAGAGAGGGAGGGCCCACUGCUCUGAGCAUCUUGUGGAACCUCAGCUACUCGGUCGGAGGACUGUACCAGGGGCGCCCCGCGAAUACUGGCUGCUCCCAGGACUCGCGGAGCCACACGUGAAUGGCAAGCAGGAAGCAAGACAGGCGUGAGGGGCAUGGCCACAGCGGAAGGGGACUGAUGGAUGCGGGGACGUGGAACUGAGGGCUGCUCCUUAGGCACCUUCGCUGUUACUGUGAACAUGAAUGUGGGCCGGUACCAGGAGUCUCUGAGUUCAGCAGCCACCACCGGCCGAGGGUUGACUAUUAGCCAGGGCACAUGGUCAGGCACCUUCACCAGGACCCAGUCUUCUCAGUUUGCACUUUAGUAAAUUGGGGAGGGAGGUCUCCUUUCGGAUUUGUUUCAAGGCUGUUCCAGAAAGAAGGCCUCUCUUCCUUAGACACUUCCACAGGCCUCAGCUGGGUGGUGAUUAAUUUACGGCAGAGUACUGGCUCUUUCGUUGUUUUCUUGCCCAGUAUCUACAUGCUAAACAACAGAUGACGAAGCUGAACACAUCACUAAGGUUUGGAGAUGCUAUGGGGAAUGUAUAGAAUGUUCAUAGGCUUCUGCGUCUUCUGCAGUUUCCAAGCCCACCCUCAAAAUGAGGGACUAAAAUUUAUGAGGUAUGGCACACACUCCACUUUGUUUUUUAGUCAAGGUGACACGUUUAUUUAGGAUCACUUUUUCCCUCUGCAAUUAAAUCCCACUUUUCCAAGUAAGUCUGGAUCGGGGCAAAACAAGUUCCACGUGGUUUUCAGUAGAGGCACCCCGCUGCCUGUGGUGAGGCCCAGCAGUGGGCCCAGGCGCUGGGUCAGGGCCCUGGUGGG